CACACACAGAGAGAGAGACUGUGACACUUCAACAGAUGUAGACUGGAUGCUUUGGCAGAAGGGAUGCAGCAUUUCUUUACUUUGAGUCGACAGCAGAACUCGGAGGAGUAAACACACAAUGAAAUCAGUUUUGCCUGCCUGUUUGCUGCUGCUUUGGACGCUGACAGCACCUGUCAGUUGUGAUACAGGCCCAGUGAUUGAAGUGACCGAAAACAAUAAUGGGAUUAACCUGAAAUGUAUCGGCGGUUCUAUGUUCAAAAAGAACGAUAAAGAUGAAGGUCUUGAAAAGCUGGAAUACAAAGAUGAGAACACAGGGGAGUACUUCUGUGUGGAUUCUAAGAAUAAUGAUGUUAAAGCAAAACUCUUUGUGAAGUUUCGAACCUGCGACAACUGCAUAGAGCUGGACGCGGGUUCAAUAACAGGAAUGGUUAUAGGAAAUGUGGUGGCUACCGCGGUGAUCGGAGUGUCUGUUUAUCUCCUCGCGUCUCAGGCUCGGAUCGGUCCAGUCACCUCUCACAAGAAAAGCUCUGACAGACCGCGCCCUGUUCCAAAUAACGUAGGCAGAGAACCCAAUGAUCACUACCAGUCUCUGAAAGUGCGUCAGAAAGAAACGUAUGAUGUGCUGAACACAGCCAGACCAUAACCCCUCCAGCUGAAAGCACAGCCGCCGCAUCUUCCUUCCACCUCAAACAUCUGCAGGAGGGAAAAGUCUGUUAUCUGUGAUUGGUGAUGCUCAUCCCAUCCAUCCAUCUGUUAUUUGCUCUGUAUGAUAUAACUUUAGCUUUUAUCAUUUCCUUUCACUAUGCCUGUCAGCUAUUUGCUAUCACUAGUCACAUAAUGAUAAUAAUGAUAACCUGUUGCUGUAUGUCAUAGUUCAGCGUUAAUCAGUUCUUAUUUCGGUACCAUUUUUACUGACAGUGUUUUUUUUUUCAAUCAUUAUAUAUGUUUAUUAAGUGUUUAUUUUAAGAAAACUGAAAUUAUCAUGAUGCAAAAUAAAAAAAAGUUG